GCUGCUGCCGCCUCCGAGUGCGCCCGUGACAGCUGGGCAGAGGGGAGCGAUCCCGGAGGCGACCAAGGCGCCCCUCCCUCCCUCCCUGCAGGAGGGUUGAUGCCUCAGCCCUUGCGCGCUCCCGCUCGGCGCGCCCCUCGCCCGCAGCGCUGAGCCUGCCUGCCUUCCUCCCCGCCGAGGGGGUCACUGCCAGCCCCACCUCCAGUAGCCCCCGUUGUCAUCGCCCUUUCCCACCAUGGAUUACCGACUUCCUGCGGGAGAAGGAGGCUCGGCCCUUCCCUGCCCAGCGCCUUGCGCUCUGCUGCUGCGAGCUGUUCGAGGCUGAACCGCUGGUCCGUUUGGGAAGGAUCCCGCCGCGCUGGAGGGGAAGACAGCGCUUUCCUUGUUCCUCCCCACCUCCUCUGACCCUUCUCCGGCUCGGCUCUUCUAUCAUGGACGGCAUCCUGGAGCCCUUCCCAUCGGAGCGCCUCUUCCCCGGAGGCGCUUCCAGCUUCUUGGACCUGGGCGAUUUCAGCGAAGCGGAUUUUCUCAACAAUGUGCAUUUCUCUGAAACCUUUGAUCACUUCUCAGAGAACAUGGAGGAUUUUUCCAAUGAACUAUUCAACAGCUUCUUUGAUGACCCCAUUCUGGAAGAAAAGAACCCACUGCUAGACAUGGACCUGGAUCCCCCAACUCCAGGCAUCCAAGCAGAGCACAGCUAUUCCCUCAGCGGAGACUCUGCCCCCCAGAGCCCCCUUAUGCCAGUCAAGACAGAAGAGAAUGCCAAUGACUUGGAAAGUGGUAUGUGGUCCCUCCAGCAUAAGCUGUGUUCUAUCAUGGUGAAGCAGGAGCAGAACAUGGCACCAGAACUUCCUGAGACCCAGGUGGCAACUAACUCAGUGCCCAUGUUGAAUCUUAACCCACUGCAGAGGUUGCCAGCCUCAGAAGAGGCUUCCAUAGAAAUGGCCCCACAACUUGUAAUCAAAGCUGAACCCAGAGAGGUGAACCAGUUUCUAAAUGUACCAACAGAUGACUUGGUGCAGAUGCCUCCUACUCCUCCCAGCAGCCAUGGCAGUGACAGUGAUGGAUCUCAGAGCCCAAGGUCCCUGCCUCCCUCCAGCCCAGUCCGUCCUGCUGCUCGUUCUUCUACAGCAAUCUCCUCUUCUCCUCUCCUCACAGCACCACAUAAGUUACAAGGGACAUCGGGACCUCUGCUCCUAACUGAGGAGGAGAAACGUACCCUGAUUGCUGAGGGUUAUCCCAUCCCCACCAAGCUGCCUCUUACCAAAGCAGAAGAGAAAGCAUUAAAGAGAGUCAGGCGAAAGAUCAAGAACAAGAUUUCUGCUCAAGAGAGUCGUAGGAAGAAGAAAGAAUAUGUGGAGUGCCUGGAGAAAAAGGUUGAAACUUAUACAUCUGAGAACAAUGAAUUGUGGAAAAAAGUGGAGACUUUGGAAAAUGCAAAUAGAACUCUGCUUCAACAAUUACAAAAGCUACAGGCUCUGGUAGCCGGGAAAGUUUCUAGGCCAUACAAAAUGGCUUCCACACAGACAGGGACCUGCCUGAUGGUCCUGGUUUUGUGCUUUGUUCUGGUUCUGGGCUCCAUGAUGCCAUGUCUCCCAGAAUUCUCAGCAACAUCACAGACAGUAAAAACAGCUCAAACACCAGACAUUUACACAACCAGCAAAAUUCAGUCCCGGAGCCUCUUGUUCUAUGAGGAGCCUGGAGGCUCCUUAGAAGACAGCUACAGCUCCUUCCUCUCUGUGGAGCAUCCUGAAAACUGGGAGGCUGACAAAGGGCAAAGUGAGGAACAGCAUCCUCAGGAGCACGCACACAGUCCCCUGUCUGUGGCUCAUGAAACAGCCAAAUACCUAAACAAACCCCACCUGGAGGGUCCAAACCAGAACCAAACAAGCUCAGCUCUCACUCACCCCAAGGAGCCAUUCCAUAAGAGAGAGAGACGCUCCAGUGAUACAGCUGAAUACUUGUAGCGGCUGCCAGCCCUCAGAGCCUUCACUGUCUGGAUGCAGGAUCCUUUCCUAGAUGAGUUAUUAAGGGGACUAAGUGGGAGAGGAUGCUCCAUUUAGACAACUACAGCCUGGCCUUGAGUUCAACCUCUUCCCUCUUUCCCACUUGCUCCCUGCACCCCCAGUGUCAUAUCGAUCUUUCUGCCAGGACUCACAGUGAUCACCGUCAUCAGGGAUAUUGCCUGGCAACAGACAGAAGGCCCAGCCCUCUCAUUCCCCUCCUCCUCCUCAUCACCAUGGCCACCAGUUGUGUUCUUUCCUCUCUGUGCAAUCUGCCAUCAAACUUCCUCAGCACACAAACUCCAAAUCUGCUCUCUAUAAAUUGUCCCUGGCCAUUUCUGUGCCUGGAAAAUUUUCUCUUCUGCUUUGUCAAAUACUUUUUAAAAUUUCUAUUACUUUUAUACAGUUAAAGUUAUACAGAAAACAAAGGCAAAAGGUUAAAAAUAUAUCACAAAUGAAUAUCCAAUGACAGAAGAAAAAGAUUCAGAUAAGGUUAUUUUUUCUCUCAUCAUCAGUCUAGAAGCACAAAUUCACAGAUCACAAAUCUUAAUCUGUGUAAAGCUAUCUAUGAUGAUUGUAAAAGGCUAGAAAAUGAGGCCAUUCCAUACAGCAAUCCAAAGUCUUGACUGUUUUGUCAGAUACUGGUAUUAACUCUAUUCUUUCUUUCUCCAGCAUGUUCGUGUAUUUCCUUCUUUCCUACCUAGCUAAAGUGAUCAUUCAAGACUCAAUGCCUGAAGCUGUUUUAGGAAUGGUCUAGAGGACCUUGCAUAUAAAAUUAGGAACACAUACAUACAUACACACCUCCUAUUUCAGCUCUCACACACUCCUUCCAGAGUUUUUUGGUUCCAUUUUCUUCAAACAAAUGAGCAUUAAUGAGGUCCUGCUGUCCUGUUACAACAUGAGAUUGCAAACUGGAUGGGCAUCCAUUACAACUAAGGAAAUAGAUCUGUUUGCAAAUAACCACAUACAUAUCAAGCAGAGAUGGUUGGGUGUAUGUGCAUUCCCUACAAUCCCCCUUUCUUUGAAUGUUUCCUGGUGCUAUUUGGGACAGAUAUAAAAUCAACAUGGUUUCCCUUCGAAUAGAUGUGGAGGAGACCCUGGGAGACUCUUCAGAGCACUUUCUUAACCCAAACCACCAGGCACAGUGACCAGAAUAUACCACUGCACCUCCAAACAAAUAUACGAAACCCUUCUCCCUACCUAAUACCAGCAUAAAGAACCACUGUUCAAUUAAUUGCAUAUCUUUUCAUCUGUGUCAUUAGCUAGACAUUCUACUGGCAUAGUCCAUGUGUGCCUCAAAUUAUCACUGUUGUACAGAGACCAAAACCAGAAAUUGUUUGUACAUAAUGAACCUUAUUUUGUAUUAUUACUGAUCCCUUAAGAUAUUGUAUUUUGGAGAAUCUCAGAUCCUAUUUUCUGUAUUGUAUUUUAUUAAGAGUUAUUGCGGGCUUGGCCUCUAUGAACUUCCUCUCUUUGUAGGAUGCUGUUUCCUCUUCGUCUAGUAGCUAAGGUUUGCCUUGUUUUCUUUUUAAAUAUAUCACUGUUUUCUUCCUGUUACUAGCUCUGCAAUUGCUUUGGAGCAGCAAAAUUAAAAAAAAAAGAUGCAGCAUCAA